AUGUCUGUCCCAGAACCCACAAGUCGUCGCAACGGAGCCACCACCACCAUCCUGACACAAGGAAACGUCAGCCAAAUACCAAGAAGCAGCUACAGCGCCGUGGAACGAUUCAUGCGAACCCCGACCGCAGAAGGUCCAUACUUUGCUGGGGCACGAAUGCAAGAGAGAUCCACACAUCUCACAGUGCUGUCAAGCCAUCUCAAUGCAGUGGAUGAUAUUGUAAAAGCAAAAAGCUAG